AGACUAGGAUAUAAUAUGGACAAACUUAGAACAGUUAUCAACUGGGAUUUCCAAACCCAUAUAAGAAUAGGUGCAAUAAUACGUUUUCUACUCGUUAUUUAUAGUAGUUAUCACGAUAGACACUACGACGUUCCCUACACGGAUAUAGAUUACAAAGUAUUCACAGACGCAGCAAAACACGUAUACGACGGAAACUCGCCUUACAAAAGACAUACAUACCGCUAUAGUCCUUUAAUAGCUUACUUGUUACUACCGGCUAUUUAUAUAACGCCAAGUGCUGGGAAAAAACUGUUUUGUGUCUUCGACAUUUUUGUGGCUUGCGCUUUGAAGAAGUUGGUAGAAAAACAAUUGUGCGAUAAGAAAAGGGCUUCGAAAAUCGCCACCUAUUGUGCCUUGUUCUGGAUAUACAAUCCAAUGAGUAUUGCUAUUUCAAGUAGAGGCAACGCCGAUUCCGUGCCAUGUCUUUUCGUAAUACUUUCCGUAUUAUUUUUACAAACAAAUAUUGUAAAUAGUCUAAUGAAAUAUGUCCUAUCUGGUUUUUUUCUCGGCGUUUCAAUACAUUUACGUUUAUACCCAUUAGCACUAAGCUUCCCGAUGUAUUUAUCUUUGGGAGAAUAUAAAAUAAAUCGCAAUACCCCAAUCUUAGCUGGAUUAGCUUCACUGAUGCCCAACAAAAAACAAAUAAUUCUGACACUGAGUUGUAUUAUCACUCUGUUUCUAUUGACAUGGGCAAUGUACGUCAUGUAUGGCUAUGAAUUUCUCUUCGAAACGUACAUUUACCAUUUGUUCCGAAAGGAUACCAAGCACAAUUUCUCGGUACUAUUUUACUACUCAUAUUUAACUAUGGAUCACUUGUCUUUCGAUGUAGUUAAAACAAUAUUACAAAUUUUCGAGGGUAUCAUAUUGUUCGUUGUUAGCUUGACUUUUGGUACUAAGCCGGAGACCCUGCCCUUUGCCCUUUUCUGUCAACCAGUUAUCCUUGUGACGUACAACAGUGUGAUGACGUCACAGUACUUCAUAUGGUUUUUGUCCUUAUUGCCAUUGGUUGUGCAUAGUUUUAAAAUGAAACCGGCUAAAGCUUUACUCUUGUUUACUUUGUGGCUCUCCGCUCAAGGAGCUUGGUUGUUUUACGCGUAUUUACUCGAGUUUAGAAACCGAGAAGUUUUCAUACUUAUUUGGCUGAAGAGUAUAGUAUUCUUCUGUGCGAAUAUAUUUAUUUUGGCACAAUUGAUAAAAAGUUAUACACCAGGCUAUGGUUUUGGCCUCAUAAGUGAAAAGAAUAUCGCGAAAAUAGAUUAGUGUAUGAAAACUCUUUUGUAGAUAGUAAUUUAUAGUAUAGUUUGUGUUAAAAUGAAAUAAAUUUGAAAAUUUU